CUCCGCGACCCCCCAUGUAGACAUUAGGAGCCUCCCUUCCCCUUCUCCCCACAGCCCUCCUCCCACGAGGCUCGUGGGGGCGUCUCGACCCUGUGGGAGGACUCCCCCACGCCGAGAGAGGCAAAGCCCCCAAACAGAGAGCAGGGUGUGGCCCCCACCCUUAGCGCAGGGACUCAGCCCUCCUGCUCUGCCAGCCUCGGGGCUGAGGCCGUACUCCUGGCCCCGCGCUCUGGGCUGCCAACUCCCCAGGCCUCCCCAGCCUGAGCAAGUCGCUCCCCAGCAGGCCUGCUCCCUAGUGCUAGGCCGGUGCUGAGCACACACUUGGUGGCCUCUGGCCCAUUCCAGCCCGUGGAGAUCCUGGAGGGAGAUCCCGGCAAGCUCAGCCCCAGGCUGCUCCCUGAGAACAAGCCUGUAAACAAGGCUCCCCAGAAGACACUGGGCAGCUCUGCCUCUCUGAACCUCAGUCUCCUUAUCUGUGAAAUGGGGAAUAAGAGUCCUUCCCUUGCAGCAUUGCCGGGAGGAUGGGGUGAGUGGGUGAUGCGCAGUGUGGCUCCCUGCACACCUUCCUCCAUAUUAGAGGGAAGUGGCUAGGCUAGGUGUCGGAGAAGGGGCAGUGUUUCCCUCGCAAGCUCAAGGUGAGGCAGGCCCCCAACAAUGAAUAACCACGAGAUGAACAGCUACUGACAGGCACUGACCAAGCACUUUCAAGCCCGGUGCUUCCCUUGCCACAUCUGCUUGAAUCCUUUCAACAACCCUGUGUGACCCCACAUCCCUGCCCCCUGGGCCACCUGCAGGACGCCGAGCUCUGCCCCUCAGCAGACGCCGGAGAGAGAUGAGUAGCAACAAAGAGCAGCGCUCAGCGGUGUUCGUGGUUCUCUUCGCCCUCAUCACCAUCCUCAUCCUCUACAGCUCCAACAGUGCCAAUGAGGUCUUCCAUUACGGCUCCCUACGGGGCCGCAUCCGCAAGCCCAUCAACGUCAGGAAGUGGAGCAUCACGGAUGCGUAUGUCCCGAUUCUCGGCAACAAGACGCUGCCCUCCCGGUGCCACCAGUGUGUGAUCGUCACCAGCUCUAGCCACCUGCUGGGAAGCAAGCUGGGCCCCGAGAUUGAGCGAGCCGAGUGCACAAUCCGCAUGAACGAUGCGCCCACCACGGGCUACUCAGCCGACGUAGGCAACAAGACCACCUUCCGUGUGGUCGCCCAUUCCAGCGUGUUCCGUGUGCUGCGGAGGCCCCAGGAGUUUGUCAACCGGACCCCCGAAACCGUGUUCAUCUUCUGGGGGCCCCCGAACAAGAUGCAGAAGCCCCAGGGCAGCCUUGUGCGUGUCAUCCAGCGGGCAGGCCUGGUGUUCCCCAACAUGGAGGCCUAUGCCGUCUCUCCCGGCCGCAUGCGCCAGUUUGACGACCUGUUCCGGGGUGAGACGGGCAAGGACAGGGAGAAGUCCCAUUCGUGGUUGAGCACCGGCUGGUUCACCAUGGUCAUAGCGGUGGAGCUGUGUGACCACGUGCAUGUCUAUGGCAUGGUCCCCCCGGACUACUGCAGCCAGCGGCCCCGCCUCCAGCGCAUGCCCUACCACUACUAUGAGCCCAAGGGGCCGGACGAGUGUGUCACCUACAUCCAGAAUGAGCACAGCCGCAAGGGCAACCACCACCGCUUCAUCACCGAGAAGAGGGUCUUCUCCUCCUGGGCCCAGCUGUACGGGAUCACCUUCUCCCAUCCCUCCUGGACCUAGGCCACCCCGCCUGUGGACCUCCCACGGGGUGGGGGGGAAGGCGGGAGAGACCACUCUCUCCUCCCAGCCACUCAACCAAGGGCCAUCUCCUGGCCAAUCAAAGCUGGCCGGAGUAU